UGCAGAUGCCCAACAGCAGCUCCAUCAGCCAGUUCCUCCUCCUGGCGUUGGCAGACACGCGGCAGCUGCAGCUCCUGCACUUCUGGCUCUUGCUGGGCAUCUACCUGGCUGCCCUCCUGGGCAACGGCCUCAUCAGCACAGCCGUAGCCUGCCACCACCGCCUGCACACCCCCAUGUACUUCUUCCUGCUCAACCUCGCCCUCCUCGACCUGGGCUGCAUCUCCACCACUCUCCCCAAAGCCAUGGCCAAUGCCCUCUGGGACACCAGGCACAUCUCCUAUGCUGGAUGUGUUGCACAGACCUUUCUGUUUGUCUUUCUGAUGUCAGCAGAGUAUUCCAUCCUCACCAUCAUGUCCUAUGACCGCUAUGUUGCCAUCUGCAAGCCCCUGCACUACGGGACCUUGAUGGACAGCAGAGCUUGUGCCACCAUGGCAGCAGCUGCCUGGGGCACUGGGCUUCUCCAUGCUCUGCUGCACACUAUCAGUACAUUUUCUCAGCCACUGUGCCGAGGCAAUGCUGUGGAUCAGUUCUUCUGUGAAAUCCCCCACAUCCUCAAGCUCUCCUGCUCUGAAUCAGACUACCUCAGGGAAAUUGGUUUCAUUGUGCUUAGUGUUCUUGCCGUAUUUGUGUGUUUUGUUUUCAUUGUUGUGUCCUAUGUGCAGAUCUUCAGGGCUGUGCUGAGGAUGCCUUCUGAGCAGGGACGACACAAAGCCUUCUCCACGUGCCUCCCUCACCUGGCUGUGCUCUCCCUGUUAGUCAGCACUGACUUUUUGGCCUACAUGAAGCCCCCAUCCAUCUCCUCCCCAUCCCUGGAUCUGGUGGUUACAUUUCUGUACUCGGUGGUGCCUCCAACACUAAACCCCCUCAUCUACAGCAUGAGGAACCAGGAGCUCAAGGAUGCAGUGAGGAAAAUGUCAUGGACAAAUUUCAGCAGGGAUCGUCUUCUCAUCUGCCUGAACAAAUGACUCAGUUUUUUCUGAAACAUGUCUAUGUUGUCUUAGAAAUAUUGAAUGGCCUGUACUGAAAAGGACUAUAAAGAUCAUCUAGUUUCAACCCCACUGUUACAGGCAGGGUCACCAACCACCAGAGCAGGCUGCCCAGAGCCUCUCAUUUCCAGCCUGGCCUUGAAAGCCUCCAGGGAUGGGGCAUCCACAACUUAUGUGGGCAACCUGUCCCAGGGCUUUACUACCCUCUGGGUGAAAAACCUCCUUUUAAUAUCUAG